AGCGUCAAUACUUCCUCUUCUUUUCAUCUCUCCAUCAUCAUCUUCAUAUUCUGCUCAUGAGAGAGUUCAGCUCAAGUAUUGCUCACUCUAACCCUUGGAGUCGCUUUUUCCCCACCUCGGCAGAUACGGCGACUUGGCCUCUUCCGUCCCGGGCUAAACCUCAUCACACGGCAGCUCGCAGCUGGGUUGUCUACUCAUGCUGACGCUGCGGCUCUGUGACCCGACAAACGUAGCCGAAUGGGUGUUGAACCUGCAUGAAGAACGAUUGACUUCCCAUCUUCAGCGUUCUGAGCGCCUCUCACAGCAGUAGGGUUACAGUUACAGUCAAGGGCUGUGCAUCCACAGGGAUUUGUUUUAUGGGUCGCACCCACCAGUUGAUACCUCCUUCGACUUAAUUCUCGCUCUUCAGCACGACCACCUUCCUCUAUAGUCCUGCAGCCAUGUUCGUCCUCCCGCCUCCCCCGCGGUAUCCCACCCAGGCCGCCUACAGUGCCGCCCUUGGUGCUGGCGGUAUACCGCCUAUGAUCGAGACCAACAAUAUUCUCUCAAACCCAGAGGAUCACUUCUUGGUCGGCGAGGGUACCUACGUGCUCAAGGAGGACUUACACCUUGCCACGCCUCCUCCCCACCCAUCAGAAUCACCAGUCAUAAAUCCAAAUCCCCUUGCAACCAGCCCGCAACCGGCAACAGCAGGAACCAAGGUCUCGCUGCUGAGCCUCUAUGCUCGCCCACCGCCCUUCUCCUACAAGGGCUUGUUGGCGUCGGGCCUGGGCCAUGCGAGCAUCCAGGAGCGCCCCAGCGAGGAUGAUUCCAGAGACCCGACCCUGAGCGGCAGUGAGGGCCGCGCCAAUUCGAGCGAGGCCCCUCAGUCUCUGGGGUCUGCUCCGGCCUUUGGAGAAGGGACCUCGCUGCUGGCGCCGCAGAAUGCCAAGGAUGCUGGCAAGAGGAAGAAGCCCAAGAAUAACAUGACUAAGAGUAACUCGUCGUUCAUCAGCAGGGUCAUUGUCCAUGAGGCACUUGUCAAGAGGAUACAGGAGCGGCCGGCGGAUGGUCUGUUUGCCUUUGCGAACAUCAACCGGGCAUUCCAAUGGUUGGACAUGUCUGCUUCUAAGAAGGAUGACUAUCUUACCAAGAUUUUAUUUACAAAGGCACAUUGUCUGUGUCACGACGUAAACCAGGUCACCAAAGGCGCCGCUCAUAUCGACGUAAUCAUGGGCUUCUCGACGGGCGAGAUCAUAUGGUGGGAAGCAACGUCGCAGCGAUAUGCCCGACUGAACAAGAACGGGGUGAUAAACGGAACUCCGGUCUCCCAAAUCAAGUGGAUACCUGGCUCGGAAACCCUCUUUCUCGCAUCACACAUGGAUGGAUCCCUGGUGGUUUACGACAAGGAGAAAGAAGACGCCAUCUUUUCUGCAGAGCAGGAGAAUGGGGAAGGUGAGGCUACAAAUGGAGCUACGGCAUCUGCGCCGACCAAGCACGGCAUUCAGGUACAGAAGUCUGUCCAUUCCAAGAACCAGAAGUCCAACCCGGUGGCGGCAUGGAAAUUGUCAAAUCAGCGCAUCAAUGCCUUCGCCUUUUCUCCUGACAACCGGCACUUGGCUGUUGUGUCAGAAGACGGAUCGUUGAGAAUCAUCGACUACCUCAAAGAAGAGCUCCUCGAUCAUUUCCACUCGUAUUACGGCGGGCUGAUCUGCGUCUGCUGGUCUCCCGAUGGGAAAUAUGUGCUGACAGGCGGCCAAGACGAUCUCAUUUCCAUCUGGCACGUGCCCGAGUCCGUCCUCAUUGCCCGCUGUCAGGGUCACCGCUCAUGGGUUACAUCCGUCGCCUUCGACCCUUGGCGUUGCGACGACAAGAACUACCGCUUCGGCAGUGUAGGCGAGGACCGGCGCUUGUGUCUGUGGGAUUUCUCAGUGGGCAUGCUACACCGUCCGCGCGGAGGCGGAGGCGCCAAUGCUGCGAGGGGUUCGAUUGCAUCCCGAUUCACGGCGGGCACGGCCCUUGCCCGCGCCGAAACGACGGGGACGAGCAGGUCCGAAAAUACGGAAGACACCGGCUCUGGCAAGGCGUCCACAGGGCCGCAUCCGGUGGAGCCGCGGGCCAAUACAGCCAUGUUGCCCCCGGUGCUGACCAAGGUGGUCGACGCAGAUCCGCUUGCGUGGUUAGAGUUCACCGAGGAGGCCAUCAUGACAAGUUGCCGAAGCGGCCAUAUCCGGACUUGGAGCCGACCGUCGGACUCGACAGCGCAUGUCGGUGACACCUCGGCCACUUGAUUGUGUUACAAAGAGGCCGGUAGUGAUGAACGGCUCAAACGGGGCAUGUUUAUUGGGGUAUAUGGGUUCGUUUGAUGUGUGGUACAGCGAAUUGAAACGUAUUACGAGAUAUCGCAACCAGUAUUUCUAGGCGCAGCGAAAUGUGAGUCCAAGGUUUUCACAUGCC